AUGGAUCACUCCGUUCCAUCUUCCUCCAAAUCCGGAUUUUCCAAGAAUUUUCACACGGAAAUCAAUCAAGGGUACGACGAAGAGUGGCGUCAAGUGCUUCCCGACCUGGAAACCGACCAAACCAGCUCAUUUUCGUUCUUUUUGAACCUUUCGACGUCAUUUGACUUCCUUUCAACGCUUUGUCAACAAUUAAAUUUGUCCACUGAGACCGAAUUUAUCGCCUUUGACUGUCUCGAAAAUUUAUUGGAAGCGUUUUUGCAACACUUGACAGUCUCAAUUGACGAAGAAGCGGCCGGCGAUGUUGAGAAAAAGGAAAUUUUCUGGCAGGAAACGCACAAAAGCUUCGAAAAUGACGUUCCUUUCGUGCUUUUUUUGACUCUCAGUAUCGCAGCAAAGUACGUGGAUGCCGGAACCACCUUCGAUUUGCAUAAAGUUCAAGAAUUGGUGCAAAAAGUCACGGAAAAUGAGUUUUCCUUGCAAGAUUUGAACGAACGCGAGGCAGUUUUGUUCGAAAUGAUGCAUUUCAAGGUCAAUCGACCGGUGGCGCUGCAUUCCGUGGAGCAAAUGAUGAAGAUGAUCUACGACCGGAACGUGGUUGGGAUGAAAUUGAGCCAAUUUUUGGAUGUUGGGACCGAGACUUUGCGAUUUGCGUAUCUGGAAAAGCAUAAAAUUUAUCAAAAAGUCAAGGGAGACUUGCCGGACGAGUCACUUUUUAAGAAAUUAACUGGAGAUAAGGUCUUGUUGGCAGCAGCAACGGUCUUUGCAAGUUGCAACAUCACAAACUGCCCCGACGCGUGGAUUAAGCAAAUUCUCCUGCAAUUAAGUGACACGUGUUUGUACAAAGAGGACGAUAUCGUCAAAUUAGGCACCGCAAUCCUCCAAGAAUUAGAAGAUUAAGUCACUC